CAGAUUUAAUCAUUAGAAAAUUAAUAUACUAUAUCAUCUUAAUACUUUACUCAAUCCAGGCCAAAAUUAGACUAUACCAAACCGUAAUCAGAUUGCUUACUCCUGUCUAUGGAAUCUUCUUCUUUUUUUAAUCAACAAAAAGCUCUAAAAGAAGUUAUACUCAAAAAAAAAGAUACAUUGAUAAUGACAUGGCAACUUUCUACUGGUCGGACAGCAUCAAUGAAUAAAGUUUCGUUUCGUAGCACACAAGGAAGAAGCUAUUGCUGACGUGUCAACUACUGAUUGGCUUGACUGCAUGAGCACAUGACGAAGUCAAACACCUGCACUCGGUCAUGGAAGAAUCAAAUGGCGUACUUUCGUAAAUCAAACGUUAUUUUCCCCUUAUAAAAGUCCUCUCUUAAAGCCUUUUAUCUCUUUCAAACUUGUUCUUUGGCGUUAUCCCCUUGUUCUACAGAGGUACGUUAUUGUUGGCUCGUCGUUAAGAGAGAUCAUCAAGUGUUGGCAGGCUAUAACCUCUGUGUUUGGAUAAGUUUUUAAGAAUCUUUCAACGUCUCCUAGUGGGUUGUGCGGUAAAGCAAGAUGGGUUUGGGUUUUGCCAAGCUUGUUAGCAGUCUCUUUGCAAAGAAGGAGAUGCGACUACUGAUGGUUGGUCUUGAUGCUGCUGGUAAGACCACUAUUCUUUACAAGCUCAAGCUCGGAGAGAUUGUCACCACCAUCCCCACUAUUGGUUUCAACGUGGAAACUGUGGAGUACAGGAACAUCAGUUUCACAGUGUGGGAUGUCGGGGGUCAAGACAAGAUCCGUCCCUUGUGGAAGUACUACUUCCAGAACACUCAGGGUCUGAUCUUUGUUGUGGACAGCAACGACAGAGACAGAAUUGCGGAGGCUAGAGAUGAACUGCAUAGGAUGCUCAAUGAGGACGAGCUGCGUGAUGCUGUGUUGCUUUUGUUUGCCAACAAGCAAGAUCUUCCAAUUGCGAUGAAUGCAGCUGAAAUCACAGAUAAGCUUGGCCUUCACACCUUACGUCAGCGUCACUGGUACAUUCAGAGCACUUGCGCCACUUCAGGUGAAGGACUGUACGAAGGUCUCGAAUGGCUGUCCAAUAACAUCCGUGGCAAGGCGUAAUGAAGAAAAAACUGCAUUGCAUCGAGAUGCUUCUUCCUGCUGCUGUGUGUGUGUGUUGGGGUAAUAUCUGGAUGCAAGAGAAGAUUGUAGAUAUUAUUAUAUGAACCUUUUUUAUAUUGGGUAUGUGAAUGGUCUGAUUGUACAAGUACAUGUCUUGUAUGGUUAUUGCUUUCGUUGUACUUAAAUAAAACAUGGAUUGAUGAUUGAAUGUUACUGCUUUCUUG